AUGGAUGACUGCAAGCCAAUUUCAACUCCAUUGGAUAUUAACCAGAAAAUUUCAAAAGAUAUGUGCCCACAAACAAAGGAAGAGAGUGAUGACAUGAAAACCAUACCGUACCAAGAAGCAAUAGGAAGUAUUAUGUAUGCAGCUCAAGUAAGCCGUCCUGAUGUAUCGUUUGCAGUGGGGGCUUUAGCUAGAUAUAACAAUAAUCCUGGAAAGGCACACUGGCAAGCAGUAAAGCGCAUAAUGAGAUACCUCAAAGGGACAAUAAAUUACAAGUUGCAGUUCUCAAAAGAUGAAAAUGCACACAUUGAAGGAUUCUCAGAUGCGGAUUGGGCUGGCGACUUAGAUGAUAGAAAAUCAACUUCUGGUUACGUUUUCAAAUUUCAAGGAGGUUGCAUUUCGUGGAACUCCAAGAAGCAACAAACAACAGCUUUAUCAACAACAGAAGCUGAAUAUAUGGCUUUGGCAGCAGCUGGGCAAGAGGCGUUGUGGCUACGAUCUCUGUUCAAUGAACUUGGACGAUCAUCGUCUAUUGUGAUAAAGUGCGAUAAUAAAAGCGCUAUAAAUUUGUCGCAUAACAGUACUUAUCAUGCUCGCUCUAAGCACAUUGACAUACGACAUCAUUUUAUAAGAAAUCUCGUAAAUGACAAAAAGGUUGUUAUUGAAUAUCUGAAUACCGAGGAUAUGGCAGCUGAUGUCUUAACGAAAUCCCUAACAAGUUUAAAGCAUUUACAUUGUUGUGAUAUUAUGAAUCUUGGCGUUCAUCCUAGUGGGGGUGUUGGAGAAUGA